AGUUGCUGUUAUUGACUGUUUUUGUUUAAAAAGAUUUGUUGAUUGUUGUGAUUUCGCGAAAAAUACUGCUUUUUCGUUCAAUAAUUCUAAAAUGUUUAGAGCAAUUAAUCCAGCUCGAAUAUCUAAAGGGCUGGAGUUGGAUUUUAUGGCAUAUUAAGGCGAAGAUGUAAGCUCGGGAAUUUAACCUGCAAAUGUAAACAAAAAAUAAGUAAAAUCCAAUAACAUCUCAAAGUACUGCGUUACUUAGUUGAAAAUUCUAUGAAACUUGAUAAGAGAGGAGCGUUAAAUAAACGAAAACACUUGUAUUAUCAUGGAGGAGGCUAGUGAAUCCAGUGAAAUAGCCAGUACCAGUUUCAACUCUGAAGAGGGUAGAGGGUGCAGAAACAAGAAGAAACAAGUGGACCCGGCCUGUUGCCCGGUGUGCAGCGUCACCCUGAGAAACUCCGAGGUGGAAUCGCACCUAAGUUCCGAGCUGGAAAAGCUGAACAAACUGCCAACUCCGAAACACAAGGUGAACGGUGGCAAGAGCCAUCCAUCCAGCUCGAGCAAUGGCAAUAGUGACAAUACGACGGAUAAAAACUGGGAGACGUAUCAGAAAGUGAGAAGCAACAGGCAGAGCCGCAAGAGGAAGACCAGAAAAAGAAAGUCAGACGAGUCGGUUUGCCCCAUAUGCAACAAAGAGGUGACGGAGGAUAUAACAGUUCACGUGGAGUUGUGUUUGAGGAGGUCCGAGAAUAACGGCAGCGAAAGUGACGAGAAUAUCGACGUGGAGGCGUUCGAGGAGUACGAGUGGGCUGGGCAGUCCCGAGUCAGAGUCACAUCGAUGUUGCAAGGGGGGGUUUCCGCGUUGGGGACGUCUCUAUCGAUGGCCGACGAUGACGAGGAUUUGAACGUUGAUGAGGAUGAUGCUCAGGUGUACGGGAACCCCCAGUACUCCGAAAAAGACGUCAUCCUUCCUUGCAGUGAUCCGGAAGAUGUGGCUCUGAGGAAAGCUGUGACAGGGUCCGAUCCAAAAAGGCUCUCUUCUGAGAAGGAGUCUGCGAGUGAGACCAAAAGCAACGGUGACCCGGUGUUGCAAGUGUUAAAAAAUAGGAUAAGAGAACUUGAGUCUAGGGAACGCGGUGAGAUUUAUAAAUGCUUAAUUUGUAUGGAAAGAUAUCAUACGCCGGUUAUUUCUGUUUGCUGCUGGCAUGUUCAUUGCGAGCAGUGCUGGUUGCAAACCUUGGGAGCUAAGAAACUUUGCCCUCAAUGUAAUAUGAUUACGUCCCCAGCAGAUUUAAGAAGAAUUUAUAUGUAAAAAAAUAUCAAUUUAUAGCCAAAACAGCUAGAACUUUACAAUGAACCAAAAUUUAUUAAUUGUAGAGUUAGUUUAUUUAUUUUUUGUAAUAUUAAUUAAUAAUAAAUAUUUUUGAUUU